UGCAUCAGCGCUGAUAAUUCCCAAGAGUUUGUCCUUGUUCGCCACUUGAAAUUUAAAACGCACUCGGAACUUCUACUGCCUUCAGUAUCAGGCCGUCAUCGCUCGCGGCGAGAGCAACACCUUCUGCAGUUUAUUAAUUAAACAAUCAGCCAAUUAAACGAAACAAUGGAAUAUUUGGGGAUUUAUCUGGCACUUGUCGGGGUCCUCUGCGCGGUGUACUACACCUUCCGGAGGAAGAGCUUCUUCGAGAAAAACGGAAUAAUCCACGAUGGAGGAUAUCCCCUGGUUGGAAAUAUGUCACCAGUGCUGCUGGGGCGUAUUUCAUUCUCCGAAAUGUUUCGAAAAAUGUACGACAUCGACGAGGAGGCGAAGUAUGUCGGUUUCUACGAUUUGUUUCGAAUUCCCGUGACGGUGAUCCGGGAUAUUGACCUGAUCAAGAGCAUCGGUGUCAAGAAUUUCGAUCAUUUUGUCGAUCGUACGACAAUAGUGGACCCAGAGCAGGAGCCCCUCUUCGGGAAUAAUCUGGCUGGACUGAAGGGUGACAAAUGGCGAGAGAUGAGGAAUCUUCUGAGUCCAGCGUUCACCUCCAGCAAGAUGAAGGGAAUGUUCAAGCUAAUGUCGGACUGCGCGGAGAAUUUCGUCGCUCACAUUGUCGAGAAAACAUCCUCAACGCCCGUCACUUACAACACGAAAGAUUUAUUCUGUCGAUAUACAACCGAUGUCAUUGCAACCUGCGCCUUUGGGAUCGCAGUCGACUCCAUGAAGAAUCCGACCAACGAAUUCUACCUCCUAGGGAAACAGAUGAGUAUCUUCCAAAAAUCGGCCCUAGUGAAGAUGCAACUAUCGCGAAUGUUCCCUAGGUUGACGAAAGCGCUGGGGAUUAAGGUAUUCGACCCGAAAGUCGACGAAUUCUUCAUGGAGCUCGUCCAGGGUACGAUCGAUGCACGAGACAAAGAGGGAAUCAUCCGCCCGGACAUGAUACAACUGAUGAUGGAGACGAGGAAUAACAAAGAGGGCCCUGUCCUCGGUAUCCGGGAUAUGGUAUCCCAGGCAUUUGUGUUCUUCUUCGGGGGCUUUGAAACCACCUCCUCAGCCAUGUGCUUCGUCGCCCACCACAUCGCUCUCGAUCCCAACGUCCAGAGGAAGCUCCAGCAGGAAAUCAAUGAGACGUUAGAGCUCUGCGAUCAGAAGAUUACGUACGAUGCCAUCAAUGGCAUGAAGUACCUCGAUGCUCUGGUGAACGAGUGCUUCAGGAUGCACCCCAUUGGAGUCGCAAUCGACAGAAUAUGCACCAAAGAGUUUGAAUUACCCCCUGCGCUACCUGGAAAAAAUCCCGUCCUCCUGAAACCUGGAGAUCGUAUAUGGAUACCGGUCGCUGCCCUCCACAUGAGUCCCAAGUACUGGACGGACCCCGAAACAUUCAAUCCGGAGAGGUUCAUCGAGGAUCCCAAGCUGCUCCACUCCCCCGCGUUCUAUCCCUUCGGCACUGGCCCUAGAAUGUGCAUCGGCAAUCGAUUCGCUCUGCUCGAGAUGAAGGUUCUCAUUUUUUAUCUCGUUCUCAAGUGCAAUCUCACCAUCGGGGAGAAGAUGAUCCUGCCUUUGCAGCUGGAUACCAAGUCCCUGGCGAUGACUGCCAAGGGCGGCUUCUGGGUGUCGAUGGAGCCCAGGAAUAUAUAGAUAUCUAUAUUUCAUUCCAUUUUUUCAUAGAAAUGCAAUUGUCAAAAAAUAAAAAUAAAUUGGGGAAUUCGAUGGGAUUGGAUUUAAUGAAUUUUAAUGAAUUUUAAUGAUUAUUAAUUAGGUGAUGUAUUGAGACAAUAAAAUCUUGUUUAUACUCGUUUUA